AUGAAAGAGACAAAGAGAAAGUUGUUGGUGAGUGUGAAUGUUCUUGGAAGCGUUGGUCCUAUAAGGUUUUUGGCCAAUGAAGACGAUAAAGUUUCAAGUGUUAUUAACACAGUUUUGAAAACCUAUGCUCGUCAAGGCAGGAUCCCGGUUCUAGGGUUCGAUGUCAACAACUUCAUUUUCUACUCCAAUAGUGCAGGAUUUAACACUUUGAAUCCACAAGAGAAGAUUGGCUCAAUGGAUGAAACGAACUUCUUGCUCUGCAAGAAAGAGCGAGAACCACUGGAAAAGGUCGAAGGAAGAAGAGAGCGUAAAGCUUGGGAGGUCCAUGGUUGGAAAAAUCGUCUUCGUCGGGUCCUUAUUAGGAUAAUUUCCAUACAAACACAAAUCUUACUCUACAAGAGUUGCAAGAGCUAG